CGAAAAGAUUCGUUACGUCACUUCCGCAUGUUUCAAAAUGGACUCUACCGGAAUGAAGCUGAGCUUUUGGGAGAAUGGACCAAAACCUGGGCAAUUUUAUUCAUUUCCAGGGAAUAACAGUGCCACAGUUCCAGGAUGUGGCCCUGUCCGACAUACACUCAACCCCAUGGUAACAGGCACAUCCGUGCUGGGCGUCAAGUUCACAGGCGGUGUGGUCAUCGCCGCCGACAUGCUGGGCUCCUACGGCUCGCUCGCCCGCUUCCGCAACAUCUCUCGACUCAUGAAGGUCAACGACAGCACUAUUCUGGGGGCUUCCGGAGACUACGCGGACUACCAGUACCUCAAACAAAUCAUCGAGCAGAUGGUAAUUGAUGAGGAGCUACUGGGAGACGGUCACAGCUAUAGUCCGAAAGCUAUCCACUCGUGGUUGACCAGGGUCAUGUACAAUAGACGCAGCAAGAUGAACCCACUGUGGAACACUGUGGUAAUUGGCGGAUUCUACAAUGGGGAGAGUUUCCUAGGCUACGUGGACAAGCUGGGCGUGGCUUAUGAGGCGCCUACUGUGGCUACUGGAUUUGGUGCCUAUCUGGCUCAGCCCCUGAUGAGGGAAGUGGUCGAGAACAAGGUGGAGAUAACCAAGGAGGAAGCACGCGCUCUUAUUGAACGUUGCCUCAAAGUGCUGUACUACCGUGAUGCCCGGUCCUACAACAGGCAUGAGAUCGCCGUUGUUACGGAAGCUGGGGUGGAGAUCGAGGGGCCUUUGUCGUCAGAGACGAACUGGGACAUUGCCCACAUGGUCAGUGGUUUUGAGUGAAGACUGUCCUGUGACCUGAGAACCUUUUCUUCAUGCUAUUCACCUGUUUUCCUCCUCUUAUGUAAUGAAUUUAGUCUUUUGUAAAAGGAAAAUAAACUGUUCACGAAAGCCUGCAACUUCUGUUUGACGAGCAUGCAUAU